CAAUGGUUCAAGGUUAUCCUUGUAGGUAUUUUCAUUAUUGGUCCAAAGAUAGCUUAACUUAAAGUACCUGCUUGAUGAUUUAUACUCAACAGUUCUAAUCUAAAAAGUCACUAUAUCUUUUUUGCUUCAUCAUGUUAUACCUAGGUGGGAAAGCAUUUGAGUAUAGCAAAAUCAAUAAAAAUACUGAUUAGGUACCUAGAGAAAUCUGAAUUCAAAUUGAAGUUAUGUAAAGUACCUAUUGAGGAAUCUGUCAACCAAAUAAUAUAAAUUUCACUGAUUCUAAAGCAACUCAUACAUCCUCUAGUACUGAGUGGGAUACUUUAUUGUGCCAUAUCAACCUAUUAAUUUUCAUAAACUAGGAUGAGAUUUUGUCUGAUGGGAUGGAUAAACGACUCGAACUGACCCCACCACAACAUGGAUCCAGUCGGGCCAUGGUACGCCUCCUAUAACCGGCUUGCGAGCGUGCAAGCGGCCGGUUCGGGCAGCGGCGAGCUGCACCACCAUCUGGCCACCACCACAGCCACCGGCCUCCCCCCCACUACCACCGCCGCCGCCCAGCUCCUGCCCGGGGGCUUCCUCUCCCCGCCUCCCGUGGGCUACGAGUCCGUGUUCACGCCCCUGUUCCACCAUGCGGCGGGCGCCAAGCCUGCAGCCCACUACGUCACGCAGCAGAGGGCUGCCCUCGCGGCGGCCAACAAGCAGUCCGCCGAGGGGGAGUUCCACCCGCAGGCGCAGGCGUUCUUCGAUCAGGGGGGCAACGCUUGGCAGCAGAACAGCCCGUUCGGCAUACUGCCGCACGAGAGCGUCGUCGCUACCACGCAGAGCAAGACCUACGAGAAUUUCAACGCGCACUUUGCGGCCGCGCAGAGCUUGAACCAUUUGAAUUCGCAGAUCGCGAAGUCUAACACCAAUCGGGCUCAGAGCCCGCAGGUGUCUUCUGCUCCUACUAAAACCAAUUCAUCACAAGGGAAUGCUGCUGGUUUCUAUCAGGGUCCGCCGAGUCUGCCGGAGAACAAUACCAACACUAGCAAGACCUUCUCGCCUUCUAAUAUCCAGCAGUCUUGCAUUGUUUCUUCGCCUUCUACUACCGUUUCCAAGGAGUACAGAGUGCCGCAACCUCCUACCCGUACUACUUAUUUGACUUCUCCGAAUCCAGCGCGUACGACCAUUGAGAAAACUUUCGCUUCGCCUCCUGCCAAGCAGCAGGCUUCUCCCGUUCAGCAGAUCCAGACCAAAGCGCAAACUAAAAUCUACUCGGAAUUGGGUAGUCAGCAGGAGAGGCAGAGGGGUAGCAAUGAGGAGAAUCAGAGUCAGUCAUCUCCCAUCAGUUUCUCCAUUAUGGAUGCGCCCGGUAGGUUGAAUUAUUCGGGCAGCAAUUCUUCUGGCAAACGUCCGCCGCAGUUUCAGCACAAUUAUAGGCAUUAUCAGCAGCCGCAGCAGCAGCAGCAGCAACAACAGCAGCAACAGCAGCAGCAAGCUAGUGCCAGUUCGGAGGAGUUUCAGAGGCCUAAAAGCGGCUCUGAUUAUAAUAAUUCUAAUGGGCCUGACUGCGGCGUGGUGGUUCCCAGAAGACCUAGUCCUCUUCAAGCACAUUCCCAAGCAUCACCUUUAGGUCACGCCCAGAGCCCCGCCUACCCCAUGUACAACAGCCCCAUGAAUUCGAUCUCGUCGCCGCAACAGAGCGCCGGCGCCAGCCAACCGCCGCCCCCCUCCCCGCUCGACGUCUCCGUGCCGCGGCCGAGCUCGCAAACCGGCAACGUCGCCUAUCCCUCGGUGAUCACGCGGGCGCUGAAUAAUCCGGAGAAGGCGUUCCCCGCGGAGCGGUACGAGCGGCCGAACCACGCCAAUCAGCCGCCGGCGCAGCAGAAUUGCUGGGACGAGCGCCAGCAGCAGGGCCAGCGGAAGUUCCAGAACGCGCAGCCAAAUCCGCCGCAAGGCAACAACUCCUACAACUCGACCGGCGGCCUAGAGAUCAACCGCGCCGACUCCAACCAGCAGCAGCGUCUCGUGGUGGGGGCGGUGGGGGAGCGGCAGCAGGCGUACUUCGAGAGCAACCAGGUGACGUUGCAGGACCUGUCGAGCUGCCGCGGCGACCCGAUGAGCAUCGUGAAGAACCUGCAGCAGCAGCAGAGCUGCCAAGCGCCGGCGGCGGCCGGGGAGAUCAAGCAGGAGCCGAAGCCGCCGGCGAAGCGGCGGAAGAGCAGCGAGAAGGCGGUGCCCGAGCUGCACAAUAUUCCCAGCCGCAUCCCACCUCCUGCCCACAGCUCGGGCGCCAACCAGCCCCAACAGAACGGCGCCUACUUCGACUUCGACAGAUGGAACUUGCCGCCGCCCACCUCGAAAAUCUUCGCCACGCAGGCGCUGCACCAGCAACACCAAGGCCUGAUGGUGCCCCAUCCGCACGGCCACCACCCGCCGCCCCCGCUGCCCUAUUUCGCGCCCUUCCAUCUGCCGCCCCACCCCAACGACUACCCCUCGGGCGUGGAGCUGACGCCGUUGGGCGGGUACGGGGGAGAGCAGGCGGGGCAGCAGGGGCAGGUGGGGCAGGUUGGCCAGGGGCAGUACCAGCAGCAGCAGCCGCCGCCGCCGCAGCAGGCGGAGGAGCAUCCAAAGGUGGUGGUGCCGAAUAUCGAGGAGGAGUUGAAUUUCCUGUCACACGACACCACCCGACCACCGGUACCCAACCACCACCACCAUCACCACCCCCAGAACCAACAGAAACCGGCGCAGGCCCCCGCCGCCGCCCCCAAACCCGGCGACAAACCCUCCUCGGGUUUCAUGAGCAGCUACCUGAAGUUCUUGCAGGGGGAGCGCGACACGUCGCCUCCGCCGGCGGUCCGCGGGGGCGGCAGGAAGCAGCCGUGGCCUAGGCCGCCCAUCAAAGCCGAGGAAAAGUCGCCCGAGAGCAACGGCCUGCCCGCCUCGACCCUGCCGCCCUCCGGUCUGCCCGUCGCCCCGGUGGGCGGCCCGCCCUUGCCCGGCGCCGCCGCCCGGCUGUCGACGCACGGUGACCCGCAGGACGACCCCAGGUACUUCCCGCUGCCCAAGGAGAGGAAGCGCAACAGCUUCGACAGCUCGGACGAUGGGUUCAGUUCCGACGACGGGUUCUUCGGCAGGCGGAAGCACCAGGUCAAGUCGGAGUUAAAGGAGAAAGACAAGGAAAAAGAAAAGGACAAAGACAAGGAAAAGGACAAGGACAAGGAAAAAGAAAAGGACAAGGAGAGGGACAAGGAAAAAAAGAAAUCCCACUCGGAAAAAAAGAAAUCCAAACACGACAAACUGCCCAAACCGGAAAAGGAGAAAAAGCACAAGGACAAAAACAAGGACAAGAGCAAGUCGUCGGCGGCGGCGGACGACGUGCCGCGCCGCGAAUCGGCCAAAAGGGCGGCGAAGGGCAAGACCAGCCUGUCGGAGAUCGGCAGGGACGACGAGCCGGAGGAGCCGCCCGAGUUCCAGGACUCCGACUCGGAUCCGGCGUGGACGCCGGCCGCCAACAACGACGGGGAGGAGCUCGUGCUGCCCAUCAAGAAGACGCGCAGAGGUAGACCAGCAGGAAGCAAGAACAAAAAAGGCAUGAAAAAUCUGAUAUCGGCAGCAGCGCACGAGGCCGGCAUCGCAGAAACCGAUGAUUUCGGUUCCGAUCAGGCACACAAAAAGAAAUCGCACAAAAACAAACAGAACAUUCCACCUACUUUAGAAGAUAACAUAGCCGCUUCCCUCCAUAACAGUAUUCCAACGAGCAAUGACGACAAUCUGUUCAAGCCUGGAGAGUUUGUCGUUAUCAAAUCUGAACUGAAACAGGAAUGGCCGGCCAUUUGGAGGGUCGAUGGCAAAACCUUGCUCCAGAAGUAUGAACCGUUCGAACAAAACGGUAUAACGUUGUACAGAAACAUAUCCACGUAUACUUCUUGGACACCAGAAAGCAGAAAGCAAUAUAUUUCUGUGCCGGUCAAACACAGAACACAGGGUCACUUGGAGACGGUGGUCGAAUUUCUGAAACAGGAUAUGACCAUAAUCGACUAUGAAUAUCAGGAGCAAUGUAUGAAAAAGUUCGAGUCUUAUCAGGACAAUUUCGAGGUAUACGUCCAGACGCUCAUCUCUCAGGCCUUGGAUAGUAAUUUCCUCAUGGAAAUUUUCCAAGAAAAAGACGACUACUUCCUCACCAACGUGCAGACCAUCGACGAGAUAACGGCCGGCAAGAAGCGCAAGCUGCUCGCCCUGUUCCGCUGGCCGGCGGCGGUGCAGGCGGCCGUCUGCACGUGGCCGUGCUUCAACGUGCUGCGCGAGGGCGGCGGGCCGGAGGGCAGGGCGCGCGGGUGCUCGGCGUGCGGGCGGCCGGGGGCGGCGCAGCGCGUCAUCAUGUACGGCCAGCCGUACGACGCGACCACGCUGGAGGGGUGCCAGCCGGACGCGAGCGCCGUCGGCGAGAAGGACUUCCUAAUGUGUAGGAUAUGUGCGACUCACGUCGAACUGCUGAGUAAAGUGACGCAUCAGAAGUAUCUCAUGUAUAUAGAAUGUGCUAAACGUGUUAGUGAAAAGAGGACUUCUGAUCCGACUAAGGAUACGACGUGUAUAUUGAACGAAUUAUUGGCGGACGAAAGCUGGUUGAACCAGGUAUUCGUAGAAGUGCGAACGUGUUGGGCUGAAAUAGACAGUAUAGAACACAGUUUUAAAACAAAUAAUUCCGUGCGGUCACAGUGAUUAUAAAAUACUAACUUUUUUAAGUUAUGCCGAAUAAUUUAAAUCAAAAUUCUGUACAUUUUAUGAAGAGUUUAUAUAAAUAGUUACAACUGUAAUUAAGAAGAUAGAUAUUAGUAAUCAAUAUGCUUAUAUUGAGUAAGUACGUAAUCUGUUUUAUAUAUGGUGAAUAAUACCAUGUCAUGCUGUGCAUUUUGAAUUUUGUGCUCUGUUUUUUAAAAAGUGAUAUUGUAUUAUUGUUAUUAUUUUGUAAAUUUUCAGCAUUGGUUAUUUAUAAAGAGCACACACUCAUUAUUAAAAGGAAAAUUAUCAUUCGUAA